CCUGAUCACUUCUGAUAACUUUAACAGACAUAGAAAACUGCAUUUCAACCAUAGUGCAAAAAGAUUGCAACAAAGGACCAGUUUCAGACUUCAGUUUCAUUAAGAAAACCCAAAUAGCCAUUGUAAAGUCAUCCACAAUUGUUAAGAAAUAGGAAAAACCUUCAUGUGACUUGACAGCCAAUGGCCCCCAUAUGUCAACAUGAAUCAAUCCAAAAGCAUCUACUGGUGCUUACAGGGAAAGAAAGCCUCUUAUGUUUGGCAUAAUGACAAAUUUGACAAUGGAAAACUACAUCUCUAUUACAAGGUAAUGUCUGUUUCUCCUUGUCUUUGCCUGGGUGCCCUAGUAUCCAGUGACAGAGGUGGAAAUUUUGAGGUUGAAAGUUGUAGGUAAAAGCUGCUUGAGGGGUAGAAAGAAGAGGUUCUUUGGCCUUUGUGUGCAAUUGGUAUAAUCCUCUACUCUUCCUUGCCAAACCAGUCCUUUUCUGGGUUACCAGGUCCUGAAUUUGACAAGCAUCAGAUUCAAAGUGUAAGGAUAUAGGACUAUAGGUUGAUCAUUUAUCAGUUUACUUACUGAGAUGAGGUUGAAAGUGAAGCUUGGCACAAGGAGAAUAUUGUCUAAGUUAAGGUCUGUGGAUAUUUUAACCUUUCCUAUGUGACUAACUACAACCUUAGUCUCAUUAGGUAGAUAGACAAACUGAUCUUUAACUGCUAGGGCUUCAGUAAAUAAGGCAAUGUUACAGGCAAUGUGAUCAGAUGCCCCAGUAUCCAGAAUCCAAGUACGAGCAAGAUGCUCUGCCUUAUGUUGCAUAAAAGAUGAGAGAAUGAACUUACCAGCAUGAUUUGGAAACUGAGAUAUGCUAUGAGCAAUAGAGAAAGCCAAGUGGUUAACUGAAGGUGAUGCUGGUGGUGAGGGACUAAGAGAGGGCACUGAUUGCAGCAGAUACCUCAACUUGUUGAGUUCUUCAGGUGAAAAAUGAAGAUUAUCCUUUGAGGAAACACUUCUAGAGUCUGAGCUAUGUUUAGAGUCUGAACCAGUUGAAUCACCCUCAUUGGAGUGCUCUCCUUGAGAAACAGCAGCAGCUACACCCCCAGCCAUCCUGAGUUUUUUGUUUUUCAGCUUCCAGCAUUCUUCUUUAACAUGACCAUUGAUGACUCGGUAUUUGCACAUGUUUUCCCCUUUGUUUCUUGAUUGUUUGAGCUUGAAUUAUCGUGUCUUUGGCCUAUUUUACGCUAGGUUGUGUUCCUUUGUCACAUUUCAGGUCCUAGCACAUAAAGUGAAGCAUAGGCGCAAGUUUCAAGUCAAUCAGAGAUCAAUUGACGAUUCGGGAGAAGAAACUCAGGUAUGACCUGAAGAAGAAUGGAUUUCUACCUCACUUUAUGGACAAAUAAUCAUGCAAGCUUGUCAUUAAAAGAAAGAGGACGAGACUACGAGCGUCUGGGAUCAAACGGCGACUGAUUCGGAGUCCGGACGAGGGAGAAACGAAGCAUUAAACAGAGGCUGAGCAAGCCACACGGGCACAACCCACACGGCCGUGUGACCUGGCCAUGUGGCCGUGUGGAAAUCACCGAGCCUUCACACGGGCAGCUGGGAAAGCCACACGGCCGUGUGGCCUGGCCGUGUGAGUCGGGAAUUGCUGUUUAAAACCCGAUUUUCAGCAAAAGGAAAGGGGGAGAGCUGGGUUUUGGAUCCCAAACACCCAAGGGACGAACCCUAGAGAGAGAGCGACUUGGGAACAUUCUUGGAGCUAUUUUGGAGGAUUUCUUCGCCAUUGGAGCUCGGGAAUCAAGCUUGGAGAUGGAGAUUGAAGAUCUAGAUCAGAUUUCUGCAGUCUCUCUCUUCUCUAUGGAGUAACUUCCCUUCACUUAGGUUUUGAGGAGCCCUAGUUCCAUAAGUUAGGAUCUUUCUUGUAUGAAGUUUUGGAUGCUAUAUUGUUUGAUUAUAAUCGAAUGAUGCAUGUUUAUUGAGUCAAUUGAAGUCUGAUCAACUUUUCCUGAUUUCUGCUGCAACCUGAGAUAGAUAGAAUCUGAUUAGGUUGUUAGAGCCUCAUCAUUCGGUAGUAGGAGAUUGGCUAUACGAGAGUUAGUCAGUUUACUGCUUUGUACUGGAAUCCAAUUCUAGUAGUGGAGUUCUAUGCUUAUUGCUUCAGCUUUCUAUCCCGGUGAAGACUAGUCGUCUGCCGGAUAGUUAGACUGAGAGGGCUUGGUCAGCUUAAGAGAUUCCAAGCUACUGUCGAAUCUUCCGCAGUUUAAUCAACAGUAAAACAACCAAAAGGAAUUACAACUUGGACCUAAUUGAGGAGCUAGGGGGAAUCAUACCUAAGUGAGUUCCCAAACUGUAAUUAGUAGUUUUAAUUAGUUUAGUUAAUCAAUCCUUAAUCUAGUUUGCUAGAUAAUGAACUGAAGCUGAGUAAUAGUAACUUUAGAGACCCGUGGAUUCGAUAUUUAUUACUUGUGCCACUAUACUGCAGUCCCUUUCAUUGGUUACACUUGGCCAUUGUUAGGUGUUGUGUUUUAGAGCAUCAAGUUUUUGGCGCCGUUGCCGGGGACUUUCUAGAUUAUUAGGAAAGGCAGAAGUUUGUUACUUUAGCGUUUUUCUUUUCUUUUCCACCCUUGCUUUUCACUUGGGUGUUUUUGUUUUUGUUGGUGCAGAUCUGAAUCAUGGAUCCUAAUGGCUUCUCCAAUCAUUGGGGGUAUCCACCACCAUCCGGGUGGUAUUACCCCGCGACUCCCUACAGCAAUCAAGGAGGAGAAGACUAUGGAUUCGGGUUCCAGUACCAACCCCCUUUCUACGGAGAACAACCAGACCCCUGGGCAUAUCAAGAACAACCUCAUUACCAAGAAGACUUUCUCCCACAACCAGAAGGGCCAUCGGAGCUGGAGUUACCCAUGGCGGCCUUCACGGGCCACUCUGCAGAGCCAUGCUACACUUCACUGGAGGAUCCGAACGAACAAUUAAGGCUUCUCGUGGAGCAGUUUGCUCGAGACACUGAGAAAUCAUGCUCCAAGAUGGAUAUUCAAAUCAAAUCCCUUGCCACUUCCGAUCCCUCAUUUCUCCAUGAUAUGGAAGAGACUGUUCAGCGCUCAGCAAAGCAAACAGAGUGGGUGAAGCAAGUUUGCUCACAUCUUGCUCAAGAUCACCUUUCUGCUGCCACGCUAGAAGAGGUGGAGGAUGAAAAAGGCUAUGGGAGCGUUGAGGAGCAUACAGAAUUUAUCACAGAGAACUCCCAUGAUAACCAUGAUCAGGAAAGUCCUUUGGUUGCAGACCACACCUUUCCUCAUUUAUGCUCUAACAUGCUGGGCCCGUGCGAGGAGAUGCAAGAUGAUCCCAUUGAAGAAAUUGCUUGGCGACUUGCUCUCCAAUCUGUUCUAGAAGAAGAAGAGCGAGCAAGGAUGAGGAAAAAAGUUGUGGAUGAUGAGGAAGAAAGAAAAGAAGAGGUGGUUCUUGAUCUUUUCCCAGGGGAGAGACCACAUUUUGAAGAAGGAAGGGGGGUUGAGGAAGCAAUUGGCGUCCAGGCUGAGGAUGAAGUUGAGGUGGAAGUGGCAUACACCGGCCAUGAGUUGCAAGUAAUAUCCCCACCAAACUUUGAGGAACUGUUUGGCAAGGACCCAUUUGCAGUGUCUCUUUGCCAGACCAAGGCCACAUCGACAUCGGUCCCUCUUGGUGGACGCGAUGGUGAUCGGUCGAUGCUGUCAUAUCUGGUUUGGGGCAAUGAGACGAGAGAAGAGAAGAAGAGGUCUCGAGGGUGGAGACUUCAUCUGCAUCAAGUACAUGAGCCUUCAUCACCUGCCACACCACAUGCUCGUGACUUGAGACUCCACCUCAUCGACGAGAACCUCAACUUCAAGGAGGUUCUAGCAUGGACCGAAACUUAGGAGCCAUCGUCCGGCUCACAACGUGAAAGAAGCGCUUGUUGGGAGGCAACCCAACCAGUCGAUUUGCAUUUCUUUCUCUAUUUCUCCUCGGUUGAGUCAGUUUUGUUAUUUGAUUUUAGAGUCAAUAACUCAACCUUUGUGAGAUUUUGUGUGGUGUUUGUGUUCUGAUUACUCUCUCUUUCUGGAAUGCACUGCCUGACCCAUACAUCAUCAUUCACCCUUGAUCUGGUAACUUCGUUCUACCCUCCUUAUCUUUCCUCCAUUGAGGACAAUGUCGUGCUUAAGUGUGGGGGGGGGGGGGUGUUCGAUUAUGUAUGCGGGUGAAUGUUUGGCUAUUUGUGUGCUUGGAGCCUAGUUCACUGUCCAAAUUUUUAAAUUUGAGGGCUCCAAGUAUGUGUUUCCUUGCAAAUUGCCUGCUCAGUAUGCUUUGAAUUGACAGUCUCUAUAGUAAUGUGCAACCUAGGGAGGUAGUGUAGCACUAUGGAGGAUGUUGAAGUAUAAGAUUUUUCCUAUCUAGCUCUCUGUUGUGCCAGUUGAUUUUGUGAAUUAGUGGAGCUAAGACCGUUGAAUUCAUGUGGUAAUGGUGACUCUGUUUGGAUUAUGUUAUGGACUCGUGUAUCGAACAGGGUGCUCAUAUGGAAAAUGGGAAGCAGUUGGUCCUCCAUGUCAAAAUCAUUAAAUCUUAAACAUGGGGUAAGCCCAACGUGUGUGGCACCGUUCAUUGCACAAAAUCGGGUUUUGGAAGAGAUUUUAGUGAUCCUUAGUGGGUUACUCCUACAAGGUGAAGCUAAGUUGUCUCUAGUACAAGUAAAACUUCCACCCGUUGAAAGGUUUGCCUACUUGAGGAUGUGUUUUUAAGGGCACGGAUAGAGCUUCCGACCCCCCUUAAUUUCAUUGACCCUCCACACGAGUUGAGGAAAAGGAGUUAAAAGAAGUACUCUGGCGAGCUACAGAUGUACAGAAAUUGCUCUUGCUCGACUAAUAAGGGUCGAUUGAUGCUCUAAAACACAACACCUAACAAUGGCCAAGAGUAACCAAUGAAAGGGACUGCAGUAUAGUGGCACAAGUAAUAAAUAUCGAAUCCACGGGUCUCUAGAGUUACUAUUACUCAGCUUCAGUUCAUUAUCUAGCAAACUAGAUUAAGGAUUGAUUAACUAAACUACUCUACUAACUAAACUAAGUAAAACUACUAAUUACAGUUUGGGAACUCACUAAGGUAUGAUUCCCCCUAGCUCCUCAAUUAGGUCCAAGUUGUAAUUCCUUUUGGUUGUUUUACUGUUGAUUAAACUGCGGAAGAUCCGACAGUAGCUUGGAAUCUCUUAAGCUGACCAAGCCCUCUCAGUCUAACUAUCCGGCAGACGACUAGUCUUCACAGGGAUAGAAAGCUGAAGCAAUAAGCAUAGAACUCCACUACUAGAAUUGGAUUCCAGUACAAAGCAGUAAACUGACUAACUCUUGUAUAGCCAAUCUCCUACUACCGAAUGAUGAGGCUCUAACAACCUAAUCAGAUUCUAUCUAUCUCAGGUUGCAGCAGAAAUCAGGAAAAGUUGAUCAGACUUCAAUUGACUCAAUAAACAUGCAUCAUUCGA